CUUGUUUAUGAAGCAUGCACAUAUUUUCUGGACAUAAGCUCCACGGGUUCCCUUUUUUUACGCAGAGCGGGUUACGGAUCGUCCGGAGAGAAAGAGAGAGACAGAGAGAGACACAAAGAGACAGAGAGAGAGAGAGAGAGAGAGAGAGAGAGAGGGAAGGGAUGUCACAGCCGGAGGAGGAUGCUCCGACACGGCCGCGUAUCGCAGAGCAUCUCCCGGUAAACAUGGACGAGACACGCCGGGGCUGAAGGGGGAAGCAGGCGACUUCUCACGUUUUUUUUUUUUUUGUUUUUGUUUUUUUGUUGCUGUUUUUUUUGCGCGGAGGGGAGAUGUUUCGCAGCUGGUUUCUUCUUCUUCUCCUUCUUCUUCUUCUCCUCCUCGGGGGGAUGCAUGUCUCCCCCGGCGUCACAUCGUCACAUCGUAAUAUGUAGCUCGAUCGCAUGCAGCGGUUUCUCUCGCGGAAACAAACAAAAAAGAAGAAGAAGAAAAGAAGCCGUCGCUCUGAGAGCCGAGAGCCGCGUCCGCCCGCAACCUUUCCCCCACCUUGAACCUCCAUGUGACGGGGAGGAGGAGGAGGAGGAGGAGGAGGAGGGGUGCGGAGAAGUGAGCGCUGUCCGUGGUGCUGAACGGAUCCGGGACUUCUUCCUCUUCUUUCAUAUUUGGUUCUUUACGAGUUGACCUUCCCUCUGGAAUAUACGCACAGUCCGGCGGCAGAGCAGGCCGCCACACCGCACGGCUGCUGGGGGGGCUUGACUUGAGUCAGCCAGACGACGCUCCUCUUUCAUGGCUGUGGCACGCAAAAUCAAAACUUUGCUGACCGUCAACAUCCUGGUGUUCGUGGGGAUUAUCCUGUUCUCGGUGUACUGCAGGAUCCAGGACCGGUCCGAGGAGCUCGUCCAGAUAGGGCGUAUGUCCGACCAGAGGCUGCGAGCCAGGAAUGGCAAAGUUUCCAACUUGGUGGACAGGCAGUCCAUUCUCCAGAGGCUGGAGAGGCUGGAGGACGUGGUCUACAACCAGCUGAACGGUCUGGCGAAGCCCAUGGGUCUAGUCGAGGGACCCGGAGGCCUGGGCCAAGGGGGAGCUGCUGCCACUCUGGGAGAGGACAGUCACGACGCCGAGGGGAAAUACGAGGAGUACGGCUACAACGCUCAGCUCAGCGACCGCAUCUCCUUGGACAGGAGCAUCCCCGACUACAGGCCUAAAAAGUGUAAGCUGUUGACGUACGCAGAGGACCUUCCUCAGAUCUCCGUGGUCUUCAUCUUCGUGAACGAGGCGCUAUCUGUGAUCCUGCGCUCCGUCCACAGCGUGGUCAACCACACGCCGGCACACCUGCUCAAGGAGAUCAUCCUGGUGGACGACAACAGUGACAGUGUGGAGCUGAAAUUCAACUUGGACCAGUAUGUGAACAAACGCUACCCAGGCCUGGUAAAGAUUGUGAGGAACAGCAAGCGGGAGGGCCUGAUCAGAGCCAGGAUACACGGCUGGAACGCGGCCACGGCUCCUGUCGUCGGCUUCUUUGAUGCCCACGUCGAGUUCAACACGGGCUGGGCUGAACCCAUCUUGACCCGGAUGAAGGAGGAUCACACCCGCAUCAUCCUGCCCGCCAUAGACAACAUCAAGUACAACACGUUCGAGGUGCAGCAGUAUGCCAACGCCGCCCACGGCUACAACUGGGGUCUGUGGUGCAUGUACAUCAUCCCUCCGCAGGAAUGGCUGGACAAGGGCGAUGAGACAGCCCCUAUCAGAACUCCAGCUAUGAUUGGCUGCUCCUUUGUGGUCGAUCGGGAAUACUUUGGUGACAUCGGUCUGCUGGACCCCGGCAUGGAGGUCUAUGGCGGCGAAAACAUCGAGCUCGGCAUGCGGGUGUGGCAGUGUGGCGGUAGUAUGGAAGUCCUCCCAUGUGCCAGAGUGGCUCACAUCGAGCGCACCAAGAAGCCCUACAACAAUGACAUAGAUUACUACGCUAAGCGCAAUGCUCUGCGGGCUGCCGAGGUGUGGAUGGAUGAAUACAAAUCUCACGUCUACAUGGCCUGGAACAUUCCCAUGAACAACCCAGGGGUAGAUUUCGGGGAUGUCUCGGAGCGCUUGGCCUUAAGGAAAAGGCUGCAGUGUCGGAGCUUCCGCUGGUACCUUGAACACGUCUACCCAGAGAUGCGGAUCUACAACAACACCAUCACAUACGGCGAGGUGAGGAACAGCAAAGCGAGCGGCUACUGCCUGGACCAGGGCUCCGAGGACGACGACAAAGCCAUCCUCUACCCCUGCCACGGCAUGUCCUCCCAGCUCGCCCGCUACUCCACCGAGGGGCUUCUCCAGCUCGGACCCCUGGGGUCGACCACCUUCCUGCCUGACACGAAAUGCCUCGUUGAUGAUGGCAGAGGACGCACUCCCAGGCUGAAAAAGUGUGAGACUGUUUCGAGGACCUCCCAGCGGCUCUGGGACUUCACACAGAACGGUCCGAUCAUCAGCAGGGACACUGGUCGAUGCUUGGAGGUGGAAAUGUCCAAAGAUGCCAACUUUGGCCUUCGCCUGGUGGUCCAAAGAUGUUCUGGUCAGAAGUGGAUGAUACGAAACUGGAUUAAGCAUCCCAGACACUGAAGCCAGAGACCAACCUCUGAGACGGUCCGGGCAGUGUUUCAGGUCCCAGUUGGAUCUCAAAUAUCGGACGAGGGAGGACUGGUGGUGUGUGGUGUUUCACACGAUAGACUUUGCCACACACUGAGCUUCCCUCAGGCCACAGAGCUUUCCAACACUGAGUCUUAAAGAAGAAUAUGAUCAAUCAGAGUGUUUUACUGAGCCGCACAUUCGCAGAGACCCCACGGCAGGCUGCGCCGUUUGAAAUGGCCCACAUUUCUGACACUCAGCCACAUGUAUAGAACACGUGAAAACAAGCCACCUGAGCGCAGCCCCUGAAGGUGGAUCCAGACCUUAAUAAUUCUUUUAUUUCUACUGUACACAAAACUAUCAGAUGUUUGGACAUGAGACAGAGUGCGCUAGCGUGCGCGUGAGUGUUUUUUUUUUUUUUUUUGUUUCGGUUUUUUUUUCUGAGUGCAUCUGAGCAAAUCAAAAGAUAUGGUUGCUGUCACUCACCACAUCAGAAUGAUUAUUUUGGGCUGUGAUUUGGAAAAUUGCUUUGGACAUAUCGCGCUGCUCUGGCAAGACAUUUAAUAGGCUUCAGAGGGGGGGCGCUGCCUGUCAUCUGAUCGGGAGGCAUUCACCUGCACUCACACAAACCACUACAGUUCUUUGUUUCUUUGGACUGUAUUGCUCUCCGUGGACGUGAGCAAUCAUGUGCCUUUUUUCUCAUUUUUCUGCUUAAUCUGACCAGGGAAUGUCAGUCCCAAAAGCAUGUACAAAAUUAUUUGAAAACUAUUAAUAUAUAAAACAAUGUAUAAAAAAAAACAGUCUAAUGAUAGUAAUAUAUUGUAAAAAGUGAAUAAUUGAUAUCCGUCCUCUGAUAACGA